CUUCCGGUCGAAAGCGCAGCAUGAACUUCCUUUUCUCAGUGCAGCGGGAGCAGUAUCGGAGUCUGAAGACUUCAGUCUCCCAUCCUAAAGGAGAACAAACGAUUAAAAAUGGGCUUCGUUAAGGUGGUCAAGAACAAGUCGUACUUCAAGAGGUAUCAGGUCAAGUUCAGGAGGAGGCGAGAGGGAAAAACUGACUACUUUGCCCGUAAGCGUCUUGUCAUCCAAGACAAGAACAAGUACAACACACCGAAGUACAGGAUGAUCGUUAGAUUCUCCAAUAGGGAUAUUGUUUGCCAGAUCGCAUAUGCCAAAAUUGAAGGCGACGCGAUCGUCUGCGCUUCUUACUCUCACGAGUUGCCAAAGUAUGGCAUUACUGUUGGGCUGACAAAUUACGCCGCUGCCUAUUGCACCGGUUUACUGUUGGCACGCAGGCUGCUGAAUAAGUUUGGUCUGGAUAAGGUGUAUGAAGGCCAGCUUGAAGUGACUGGAGAUGAGUUCAAUGUGGAAAGCAUUGAUGGCCAGCCAGGGGCAUUUACCUGCUACCUGGACGCUGGCCUCGCUAGAACCACCACAGGGAAUAAGGUGUUUGGUGCUCUUAAAGGAGCAGUGGAUGGAGGACUGUCCAUCCCUCACAGCACUAAACGGUUUCCGGGCUACGAUUCUGAAAGCAAGGAGUUCAACGCUGAGAUGCACAGGAAGCACAUCUUGGGCCUGAACAUAUCGGAGUACAUGAGCUAUCUGAUGGAGGAGGAUGAGGAGCAGUACAAGAAGCAGUUCUCUCGUUUUAUCAAGAACGGUGUGACAUCAGACUCUGUUGAGGAGAUGUACAAAAAGGCUCAUUCUGCCAUCCGUGAGAACCCGGUUCAUGAGAAGAAGCCCAAGAAAGAGGUCAAGAAGAAGAGGUGGAACCGUGCCAAGCUGACUCUGGCUCAGAGGAAGGACCGUGUGGCCCAGAAAAAGGCCAGCUUCCUUCGGGCCCAGGAGGCUGCUGAUGAUGACUAAAGAGAGAACUGUCAACUGCUCCAAAGAAAGUGCACCUUUUCCAAAUAAAUUAUUUGGAAAGAA